AUGUUUACUAAAAUACAGAGAAACUUUCACUUUGAUUCUGAUCUAUGGAGCAACAAAAAUUCUUUCAACCUUGAUGAAGGGAAGUUAGGGUUUAAUACAAAAGAGACCAAGUUACCGACCUACUGGAACACUCCCUUCUCCAAGGUAUGCCUUGGUACGAGGAACAACAACAAGAUGAAGUACACUGUCAUCGACAAACAAGCCAGUUCUCUGUAUUCACUAAUCGCAGACGGAAAUUACCGCCCUACCUCGCUGGGUCGUGAUACGUGGAAGUCGCUGAUUGGUUCACAGGGUUCUUUACAAUCCAGCUGCAACCAGGAAGGAUUCAAUGUCGUAGGUUCUGGAGAGAUUUACCGUCCUAAAGCAAGAAUAGGCAUUCUUGGUAAUAAUGAAAACCACUGUAGAACCUGUGACUCUAGGAUUGGGUUUGGUACGGGCGGGAAACAAGAUGACUCCAAUACUUGUGGAAAUGAGACUUCUCAUGGUUACGAACACACACACAUCAAAGCCAUGGGAUUUAUCUUGGUGUUAAAUCCGUCGGCUGGAGAUGCGUUCUACUGGAUCGAUGGCACUCCACUAGCGGAUCAGUUUUCUGCAUGGGCAAGCGGGGAACCGAAUCACGUGAAAGAGAAAUGUGCCCACAUGUAUGCAGUGCCGUACAGAAUGGUGAAGUGGAAUGACAAGGAAUGCAGUUUGUCUGGCGCAGAAAAAAAUACUGACGAGUGCUCUGCAUCAAAUGGUGGCUGCAGUCACAAGUGUGUUAAUACUGUGGGAGGCUACAGAUGUGAAUGUCCAGAGCCGGGACUUAGCUUAGCAUUGGACAACAAGACAUGUCAUGAUACUGACGAGUGCUCUGCAUCAAAUGGCGGCUGCAGUCACAGGUGUGUUAAUACUGCAGGGAGCUACAGAUGUGAAUGUCCAGGCCAAGAACUCAGAUUAGCAUCAGAUAACAAAACAUGCGAAGAGAAGCACACUACGAGCGGUAUGUUUGCGGAUUGUAGCUAUAAAUAA